CAAUAGUUUUUUAAUACUUUUUAUAUCUUUUAUCAGAAUAAUUUAUUAAAAAAAAUGUAUAAAAAAAACGUUACGCGACACAUUUUACAUAAUAAUUUGAAUAUUUUCAUAAAAAUUUAUGUAUUUUAGAUAAUUGUGUUCCUUGUGGCGAUUGUAAGUUGGUUGGCUAUUUUAAAUAUGGCCUUCAUCCGUGCGAAGACGUGCACACUGCACAGUAUAUUCAGCCAGUGUCUUGAGUGUAGCGAUUGAUGAAGAUUUUUUAUUGAUUGAUUACCAAAGACAGAUAUCGGAAAAUCAUAGAAAUAUAAUUGUCAUUGCUUAUUUUAUCCAUUUUUUGUGGAUACGAUUACGUGUUACGUGAUUGUUCAGCGAUCUUUACUGCAAUCAUUUAAGUAGAUAUAUUUAAUAGUGUUUUUAUUCACAAUUCCAUGAAUUAUCAUAAGAAUAUUAAUAUUAUAACAGGAGUAAAAAGCUGGCCCCCGCUUCCUCCCAAACCCUGGUCACAUGUCCUAGAUGCUGCGGAACACGGAGCUACACGCCCACAAUGGGAUAUGGUGGCUUUGAAAUUUAGAAAAGGGGAAGAGAACUGUUUAUUCAUUAAUGUUUACACUCCCACUCUACAAACUGACUCCAAAUUACCUGUGAUGGCGUAUAUCCCAAAGGGAGGCUUUCAAUUGGGAUCUGGAAAUGAAAGAAUGUAUGGCCCAAAUUUUCUGAUAAGGCAUGAUGUUAUUCUUGUUUUGUUUAAUUGUAGAUUGGAUCUAUUGGGAUUUUUUCUCGACACCCCUGAAGUUCCUGGCAACGCAGGUAUGAAAGAUAUGGUAGCAGCCCUGAGAUGGGUUCAAAAUAAUAUUAAACAGUUCGGGGGUGACCCAGAUAAUGUAACGAUUUUUGGAGAAAGUGGUGGAGCAGUUUCAGUGACUUAUCUUAUGCUGUCUCCGAUGGCUCAAGGCUUGUUUCAUAAAGCUAUUGCACAAAGUGGAUCCUGUCUUGCCGAUUAUGCAAUAGAUGUUAAUCCUGUACAGAGAGCUUUUCGAGUUGGAAAGGUCCUUGGGAAGGAUACGACAGAUCCUUAUGAGUUACUCACAUAUUUACAAAGCUUGCCUGUUAGAUACAAUGUUAUCUGGAAAAUUUAAUCCUGUUUCUCUUAUAACAAAAUAUACUUUGAUUGAUUGAUGAGAUAGCAAAUUUAGACUAUAAAUAAGUGUUCAUCCUUGUUGGUAAAGACAUUUAUAUAAAAAUUAAAGAAGAUAAGGCUUUGGAAUUUGGUGAAAGAAUCAAGCAAUUCUAUUGGGGUGACAGGGAUUUAACAGCAGAUGAUGUUGAAAUAAUUGCUGAUUUGCAGUCAGAUAUUCACUUUGUGAUGGCAACAUACAGGACAGCAGAUUAUUUUUCAAAAUACUGUAAGCACACCUUCCUGUAUAGAUUUGACUUGAACACUGAACUGAAUUGGAUUUCAAAAUACUUUGGGCUGCCACCGGUCAAGGGAGUUCCUCAUGUUGAUGAACUGUUUUAUAUCUUUAGUAGCGAAUUAAAGAGAGA